AAAAAAAAAAAAAAAGUCAUCAUGUUCACCCGCCAGGCCCCCCGGUUCAUCUCCUCCCAAACCACAGUCUUUGCUCGUCGUGCCCGUUUAUACUCCUCCGCAGCCGCAAGCUAUGAGCACAUCCUCACCUCAACCCCAAAGCCAGGAGUUGGCCUGAUUACCCUCAACCGUCCCAAAGCUCUCAAUGCCCUCUCCAGUCCUUUAUUCAAGGAACUCAACGAUGCGCUCUCCAAGUAUGACGAAAACAAGGACAUUGGCGCCAUCGUCAUCACGGGCAGCGACAAGGCAUUCGCUGCCGGCGCAGACAUCAAAGAAAUGGCCCCCUUAACUUUUUCCGCCGCCUACUCGAAUAACUUCAUCGCUCCAUGGUCGCACCUCGCUACAAACAUCCGUAAACCUGUUAUCGCCGCAGUCUCCGGCUACGCUCUCGGCGGGGGAUGCGAACUCGCCCUGAUGUGCGACAUCAUUUACUGCACCGCAACGGCUACCUUCGGCCAACCCGAGAUCAAGCUCGGGGUUAUUCCCGGAGCAGGGGGCUCGCAGCGGCUUACGCAUGCCGUGGGCAAGAGCAAGGCUAUGGAGUUGAUUCUCACGGGGAAGAACUUUAGCGGGAAGGAAGCGGGGGAGUGGGGGGUUGCAGCGAAGGUUGUGGAAGGAGGCAAGGAGGAGGUGCUAGAGGAAGCGGUUAACACGGCGGAGAGCAUUGCGGCGUAUAGUCGGGUUGCGGUUGUGGCUGCUAAGGAGGUGGUGAACAAGAGCCAGGAGCUGUCAUUGAGGGAGGGGGUGGAGUUUGAGAGGCGGUUGUUCCAUGGGCUGUUUGGCAGUAAGGAUCAGAAGAUUGGCAUGACUGCGUUUGCGGAGAAGAAGAAACCCGAGUGGUCGAACGAGUAGAUCGCGUCUUGUUUAUUCAUCUAUGAACAGGCCUGUGUAGGAAAAGGACGGGCAAUCAAUAAUAAUUAGGAUGGUUGAGAAUUUGUAUGCGAUAUUAUGUUCUCAAAUAGCUUGAUAAUUCCAACGGCAUCAUUAAGAAGAUAUCAUUUGCCUCGUGGUUCAUGAUCAUAUU